GUUGAGAUGUGUCUGUACCAGGCGGCUCACUCUUACUGUCUAACAGACACUUUGUUACAGUAUUCGACUUGGCACUGUGCAUGUGUAUGUAGAGAAGAGUGUAUCCAUGAGGCCUGUCAUUUGAUGUGGGGGUGAGUGUUUGAGCUCAUUUGGCAUCAAUGGAAUUGGGUGAAAGGUCUUUUUUCUGCGGAAUUCUACCCAGUAUUCAAAACACUCAAUACGAUCCAGAUGUGUGUGUUCUUGCAUGUACGGCAGCUCACUCCUCCCUCGCUAUCACACCAUUACAAUACCCCCUCCUCCAGACUCUCCCCCAUCUUUAUAUCCCCUCUCCUGUCUCGCUACCUCUUUCAUAACCUCUGCAGUAAGAGUUAGGGAAAGAUGGAGCGAUCUCUGCUUGUGUCUCUUCUGUGUGUGUGGGCCUUCAGCAGCCUGUCUGCAGCAUCAGUGGAUGCAACAGAACAGUGCCCAGAGAGAAUACUGGGUAAUGAGAGAAGACAAACAUGCCCAAAAAAGUGUCAGCAAGAUAAAGACUGCGGCAACAAACGUCAGUGUCUCUGCGACGGGCAGUGUGGACUCAGCUGUGUGGCCCCAGGUCGCACAUGUCCGUGGCCUCUCCCACCUGCAAAAAACUCUGAUGCAGUUCUCCUUUCCCCUUUGCCCUCUUUCUCCGCUCUGCUUGAGGUUCGUUGUAAGCCUGGGUACACCAUGCAUAACGGGCUAGACGCUACAAUACGCCGCUGCCAGGGUGACCGACAGUGGAGUGGAGAUGAGCCUGUUUGUACAGCCUCCCCAGGUGGAGAUCUUACAGCAGAGCCGGUUCUGGUGCCUGAGGUGUCCUGUACUUUGCCUGAUGAUGAUGAUGAUGAUGAUCUGCUCUCUGUACAGGGCAGUGCUGCCGUGGGAUCCACUAUCCAGUACCAAUGUGCAGCAGGAUCUGUGCUGAUUGGAAAUAGUGAGAAUAUCUGUCUUGAGGACCAGACGUGGCAAUACCCUCACCCCAUCUGUCGCCGUGUGGUUUGUCCUCCUCCUAAGGAGGUUGAUCGUGGACACCUGGUGGCUGUCCAGAGAACUGAAUAUGAAGUUGGUGACACAAUUUAUUACCUUUGCAAGAAAACCUUCUUGUUGGAUGGACCGAAUCAAGUGACUUGUCUACCUAAUGGGACAUGGAGUGCAGAGCCUGCUUGCCGGGCCCGCUGUCCAGUUCCAUCUCAACGCAGCAGGGUGAUUGUGGGAGGAAUAAAGCGCUGGCCAUAUGAUCUGACGGAUGGUGUGGUUGCUCAUGGAGAGAAUGUGACAUUUUUCUGUAAACAUCCAGAAAAACCGUGCAGCUUCACUGUCACGGAGGUCUGCGUAGAUGGACAGCUCAAGGCACCUAGUUGCUUCCUUGACCCUACCUGGCUGCAGUUCAAACUGUUCCCUCAUCGACUGGUUUCUGAGAUUGAUGCAUGUGAUCCUGCUGACCUUCAGUGAACUCAACUCAAUCAAAUUAUGACAACACAUUUUGCAUGUUGGCACGCACAGUUCUCUCCUCACUCUGACACCUAUUUGGAGUCUGAAUCAACAUAGGCCUAAAUUAAUGUUCCACUACAUUUGUAUUUUGGACUGGAUCUCAGUAGGAUCUCACAGCUAUACCUCAUUUAACUGUUCUCUCUUCUAUUUAGUAUGUUGAAUUGACAAAGUUACCUUAAACAGAGUUUGUGUCAUAUCUGAUAUGCAGACACCCUCAUACUUGCUUGAGGUCGCAGUUGUCAUAAGCUAGUCUCUUGUGUUUUGUUGUCAUAUAAAGUGUAAAACUGCUUUUUGAGUUAUAGCAUUUAUGUUUACCUUGUUAUAAAAUUUUAAUUCUUCAGGAAAAUAAUUAUUGUGUUUCUGCUAACUGAUACAUUUGUCAAUCCCAAAACCAAGAAAGCUUAGGUCAAAGGUGAACUCUGAAAUCAUGUACUGAUGCUCUCUAGUUGUACUGUAUUCCAAAAGCAGUUUUAUAAUAUGUUUAGAGUUAACUGAUCUUUGACCGGACUGCUAUUGGAUUAUAAGGAAAGAGUUAACUUGGGAAUAUUAUAGCAUAAACACUUUGCUGAUAUACAGCCAUGCUGAAUUGUUGCUUUCAUGAUAAGGAUUCAGUUUUGCAUUGUGCAAACUUCAUACUAAAUAAUCUUUGAAUGUAUUUUUUUUUUUUUCAUCUCUCUUGGCAUGAUUCUACAAUAAAGAAACUGGAAAAUG